AUGGCACACACCCGCUCACUCCCUCAUAUACACAAUACGAAUGCUACACCCGCACACCUACACACACCCACGAACACCCACACCCACACACACACAACACAAUACAAAUGGAACACACUCACACCCUACAGGAGGAGCAGAGAGGGCUCUACACGGACGCGGAGUGGCUUGAGCUCGACCCGUUCAAGCCUAAACAGCAACCGAUCUACAAGAGACCAUACACAGACACAGACACCGCCCAUAGAUGAGCUGGGUCUGCAUACGCUGAAGGUCGACUCUCCCUCACCGUCUGCGUUGACAGAAGGAGUGUCGUUGGUGGAGGAUGUGGCCCCAGAAACGGGUCUAACGGACCUUUCUGUGCCGACCACGGGUGCACUGGAAGGGUUGUUCCCGGAGUCCGGUUCCGGUCUCGGAGGUGCAGGUGCCUUUGAGUUGGAAGGGUUGGAUUUGGUGGGCCGUAUCUCCAGUCCCGUGUCCCUGUCGAGAGACGAUGAAUCGUUGCAACCGGCUCGAAGGCCGUCCCAACUGACUUCGGAAGCCAUGCGCUAUGUGCGGCUGUUUGCCGAUCUGAGCUACAUGUCGGCAUCGGUGGUGUGCGAUCAUAAGUAGACAGGCGGUGAGUGGGAGUGGCAGCUGUAGGUAGCACGCACACGCCAUCGGGGCUGUGGCCAGCAGAGAUAAUGUACAUAAAAGGAAAUAUGAAACCGAA